AGUUUCAGAAAUAACCUGAAAGAUGUGUCAUUUCUGUAUUUUCAUGUGGUGUUGAAUGGUUUAGAAGCGUUUCUUUGAAAAUGGAACCUGGGGGAAGUAAUCAGCAAAUGCAUGCUAGAAAAUCGCACCAAUCAACAAGAGGGUUAGGCAACUUUGCUACUAUAGAUGAAUUUACUAAGAACGGUUUUGCAUUAAUCGUUGAAGGGAUAAGAUCCGUAAACAGUUUCCCUUCGGGUGCUCCCCGGGAUUUGUACUGUGCAUACCCCACAUUUUGUAAAGUCGUUGAAACGCAGUCCGACCGCAUCUUGGGAAUAAUAUCGAGUGUCUUAAAACAACAGAAUGUCAAAGGAAAUAUUCAAAGACGUCAACAAGAUGAACAACUUGAAUUACUGCAAGAGUGUAACGAUGCGAUGCUGGAGCGUAUAAACUCUAAUCUAGACGAUAUUGCUGGGAUAAAGAAAAAUCCUGAAACCAUAAUUGUAGAAACGCAACUGGCAGAUAUUUCAAUCUCACAAAGAGGAAAUGCAGAGAGCUGGAAUGUGUUGAAGAGAAAUGAACUUCCCCGUUCAGCCCGGUUGCUCACUGCGAAAAAUAUUGCAAGGCCACAAGCAAAUUUCAAGGUAGCAGUGGAUAAUAGUUCAUUAACGCCAUUCGUGCCAAAGAUCAAAGAUAAGCCAAAUUCUUUGAAACCGCUAGCUAUAUUGCCAGAAUACGAUGAAAAUGGCAUAGUUGUAAGUUAUCUUCAUCCCUAUGAAUUUGAAUUGAUGAAACUGGAAACUCCGAGAAAUCUCUUGACGCCCAUAGAUGAACCCAAGCGGCCUCGUGAUAUUGAGAAGACUCCUCUUAUUCAAGUUGCAGAUGAGAAAGGACUAAAGGAUUUACUAUAUGACCUGAAACAUAGCACGGAAUUUGCAGUUGAUUUAGAGCAUCACUCUUAUCGGACCUUUCAGGGAAUAACGUGCCUCAUGCAAAUAUCGACAAGGCAAAAGGAUUAUAUCGUUGACACAUUGUCUUUACGAGAUGAAUUACAUGUCUUGAAUGAUGUGUUUACGGACCCUAAAAUAUUGAAAAUAUUUCAUGGUGCCCUUAGUGAUAUUGAUUGGUUGCAACGCGAUUUAGCUUUGUAUGUGGUGAACAUGUUUGAUACGUCAGAAGCUGCGAAACUGCUCGGAUUUCCGAGGUUGUCGCUGGCAUAUUUAUUGAAAAAUUAUUGCAAUAUCGAAGCUGAUAAAGCCUUCCAGCUUGCUGAUUGGAGGAUAAGACCUUUGCCGGAAGAAUUAAUCUCAUAUGCACGACAAGACACUCACUACUUAAUUUACAUAUACGAACAACUUCGUAAUGAGCUGUUGAAACGUUCGAAUUCGGAAGCAAAUCUUCUGGUCACCGCAUUCAAACAAAGUACUGAGGUCUGCAAAAGGCGAUAUAAAAAACCGAAACUCACUCCGGACUCGCAUAUGGAUAUUUUUAGGAAAUCGAAACGACCAUUUGACAAUCGGCAAUUGUUUGCCUUGAAGGAGAUUUUCGCGUGGCGUGACAAAAUCGCUCGGACGGAGGAUGAAAGUUGCGGUUAUGUUUUGCCUAAUCAUAUGAUGUUGCAAAUUGCUGAAAGUUUGCCGCGUGAAAUGCAAGGGGUGCUAGCUUGUUGCAAUCCGAUUCCACCUCUUGUUAGGCAGCAUCUGCACUUCUUACAUCAAAUUAUUUUGAAGGCAAGGGAGCAACCUCUAGUAAAGCCAAUUAUUGAUGAAGUCAUUGUAAAUCGUGUCGUCACCGUCACAACGAAGGAUGUCAACAGCCGACUUCAUUGUCCUCAUGAUUUGUCUCACGUACCGGAGUUUCGCGAUGACCUCCCAACUUUGCUUGGAGAACAGAAGAGAAACCUCCUAGAAAAUGAUAGCAGCAGAACUUCAAACCCCAUAAUUUCAGUGUUUGAAACACCAUCAAAUAGCAAGGACGAAGAUAUUAAAAAGAAAUUGUCUAGUUUGAGAAAAGUGAAUUUCGUUAGCCCUUAUGAUCGAUAUAAAGCUGCAAUUCCAUUCGCCGAGCAACAAAGGCUUAAAGAAUUGGAAAAAGAGGCAGAAUUGAGAAGUAGUAAACUACUUUGUCCCGUCAAUCCUCAGAGUAUUAAACAAGAAGAUCAACCAGUCCAAAUUAAAAAGGAAGUUGAAGAUGGAGAUCUGUAUAAAAUGCCGGAGGUAAAAGAGGCAAAGCGCAAACGAGAAGCUGACGAUACGUCGGAGCUACCAAUGAAUGUCAAAAAGAUUAAAACAGAAGUUUCAAAUAAGAAGAAUAGGAGUUCAACUAGUUUUAAAGAAACGAGCCCGGAGACUUUAGCGAAUUCUACCCAAAAUAUUCGGUCCGAGGUGGCUCCUGACGAAGUUCAAUCGUACAAUCAAACCCCUCAAAAUAGACUGCCAAACAGUCGCAAGUUUAAGAACAAAAACAAAGGCAAUAAAAAAAAGCUGACGAGUAACAAAACUGUACAAAGUUCCAACCAAAGUGUUCAUGUAGACUUCACUAAAGUGGACUACUCGAAGUUCAGGGGUGGUUCGGAGAAGCAGAAAAGUGAUAAUGCUCACGCUAAAUUCGCUGGUAAAAAGGGUCGUGAUAAGGUCAACAACAAAAAAUUCAACAAACUGUUCACAUUCAGUACGAGUAACGCGAAUAAAAAAAAUUAGUUUUUGUUUUAAAUAUUCUUUUCUAUGUAAAUAACAUCUUAAAUUGAAACAUGGAUAAAAACGGAACUUUUAAUAAAUAAUACAGAAAAUUCAUGCUUGGA